AUCUGUGGACGAAGGUCACGGUUCUGUAGGUCCUAAAAUAAAUUUCUAAGGAAAACAGAUGGGUUGCGACUUGCGAUCAGCGCUUGUGAUGUGACAAAGUGAAGUUACCCGCGCUGCGUACAAAACGUCCACGUUCCCACUUCUAAACGAAGCAUUUUUUCGUUCGAUCUUUUUUUUAUAACGAUCGCUAUACAUCUUCAUCUACUUUUCAAUCCCAAAAUCUAAAUCUGGAAAAUGGGCAAUACAUAUUGUGUAUUUGGAGGGUGUAUAGAUCAAGCAAGUGUAGGAGUAAUUGAGAGAUGGGGUAGAUUUGAAAAACUGGCUGAACCAGGGCUUCAUUUCUUCAAUCCUUUUGCUGGUCAAUGGCUUGCUGGUGUUCUUUCUACUCGCAUCAAUUCUCUUGAUGUCAAAAUUGAGACCAAAACUAAGGAUAAUGUCUUUGUACAAAUGUUAUGCUCCAUUCAAUACCGUGUAGUCAGACAAAACGCUGAUGAUGCCUUUUAUGAACUGCAAAAUCCUAGAGAACAGAUUCAGGCUUAUGUUUUUGAUGUCGUGCGUGCUCUUGUCCCGAGGAUGAAUUUGGAUGAGCUUUUUGAACAAAAAGGAGAGGUUGCUAAACAUGUAUUGGAGGAACUCGCAAAGGUUAUGGGAGAAUAUGGAUACAGUAUAGAGCACAUUUUAAUGGUUGAUAUUAUACCUGAUCCAGCAGUUCGCAAAGCUAUGAAUGAGAUAAAUGCAGCUCAAAGGCUUCAGCUUGCUAGUGUUUAUAAAGGUGAAGCUGAGAAGAUUCUGCAAGUGAAAAAGGCGGAGGCCGAAGCAGAAUCCAAGUAUCUGGGUGGGGUCGGAGUGGCAAGGCAAAGACAGGCAAUCACAGACGGCCUAAGAGAGAAUAUACUGAACUUUUCGAACAAGGUUGAAGGAACAUCCGCUAAAGAAGUCAUGGAUCUUAUUAUGGUAACUCAAUACUUCGACACUAUUAGGGACCUCGGUAAUCAAUCAAAGAACACCACUGUUUUCAUACCCCAUGGUCCUGGUCAUGUACGAGACAUCACUGAGCAGUUACGAAAUGGGCUUAUGGAAGCUGCAAGUGCUAAUUUAGAAGCUAAUUAAUUAAUUAAUUGCUUUGUUUGCUGGUGAUUUAACACUCUGAAUGGUGUUACUUUUACGUAUUACAAUAAUCUUUGUUAUUAUGGUAAAAGAGUAGACGUAUAUAAUUAAUGUGUGGGAAUGGCUGUAUAUAAGCAUAUUGGAUAUUUAUGAUGAAAGUUUCAGUUUUUUAUGAUUGAACGAACUCCUUGCUGCUUAGGUCUACCAAUAUAAUUACAGCAUUACUGUAUUGUCAAUCGAAGUUCAAUAAUGAAUUCAAGCCAAUUUUUA